CGGCUUGGCGUCACACCUGGCUUCCUUUUCCCACCAAACUUCUGGAUUUGGACGCUUCUGACCCAUGCAGUGGUGGAGCAACACAUUCUUGGCGUGGCGGUGAACAUUGCUACUGUGAUGGUUGCUGGACGGCUUUUGGAGCCAUUAUGGGGAGCGCUGGAGCUGCUGAUCUUCUUCGCUGUGGUAAACGUAGCAGCCGGUCUCCUAUCUGGACUCUCUUAUCUUCUCACCUACGCUGCCACCUUUGACCUGGACUAUCUGUUUGCUGUGCGGGUGUAUGGUGCACCCGCUUUUCUGGGGGGCAUUCUUGUAGCACUGAAGCAGACUGCGGGAGACACAACAGUGCUUCGAGUUCCUCAAGUACGUUUGAAAGCCGCCCCGGCGCUAGCUUUACUAGCAAUAGCUGUCCUGCGGCUAGCAGGGCUGCUGGACACUUCAGCUCCACUAGCAGCAUGCGGGUACGGCGCUCUGUCCGGGUGGGUUUACCUGCGCUUCUACCAGAGGCACUCUAGGGGGCGUGGAGACAUGUCAGACCACUUUGCCUUCGCCUCCUUCUUCCCAGAGGCACUCCAGCCGGCUGUUGGCUUUGCAGCUGGGCUUGUGCACGCUGCCCUUGUGAAGAUAAAAGUUUGUCGUAAGAUGGUGAAGCGAUAUGAUGUCGGGGCUCCAUCCUCCAUCACCAUCAGCCUACCAGGCACAGACCCACAAGAUGCAGAAAGGCGGAGGCAACUUGCUUUGAAAGCUUUGAAUGAGCGUCUGAAGCGUGUGGAAGACCAGUCGGCUUGGCCCAGCAUGGAAGACGACGAGGAGGAUGAUGAAGAUGAGGAGGUGCGAACAGACACUCCUCUCCUUUCCAGCCGAGAGACUUUGCCACCAGCACCCAGCACCACACAAAAUCCUACGGGACAACAGGAGUCCAGCAUCAUAAGUUUUGAAGAUGCUCCGACCCAUUCCUAACACAAAAAGACACACACACAAUCCUUGUUUUUGUCCUGCAGAGUUCAGUUUAUCCUUACAAUCACAAACGCUACUGGAGACAUCUCGCACACACACACAUUAUCUUGGUAAUGUUUUACAUACACAAACGAGGAGUUGCCACUAAAUGAACACAUUACCUAAACUAAAUGACAAAGACAUCCAUACUCAGUUUUUCAGCUGUACAAAAAAAACCCUGGACUAGUCUGUUUCAUAGCAUCUGCAGUGCUCCAGUACUUCUGCUUUGUAAAAACAAGAAUAUCUUCUCUCCCUCUUGCCUCUUGUGUCAGGUUUUUGGGAAGUAUCCUUUUGAAUAAAUGCUCUAAUGGUUUAUGGGAUUCAGUUUUUAAAUGUAUGGCAGACUCUACAAAUGUUUAUGGGUUGCCUCUUUUUUUUUUUUUUUUUUUUUUUUUUUUUUUUUGCGCAUA